ACACUGUAGGCUACUCGAAAUUGGUAAGCAUAUAUGUUUUUUAAACAGACGGUCGAUGUGAUGCUAGUAAGAAGGCUAGAUAAUAAGGAGGACCGUCCUUUCAUGCACCAUGCGUUGGCAACGCUAAAUACUGGUUGACCAUCCCAGACAUAGUUAAGGGUCUGUAGAGAAAAUUGUUGUAUCUGUAGGCUAUCUGUGCUGCAUAAGAUGUCUAACAGGAUAAUUGCUUAGAAAUUGUUAUCUGUAACCAUCGUGCCACCGUUUGUACACUUUACUUUGUCUAACCUGUGACUGAUGUCCACAUUUGAAUAUAUGGUCAGGUUGGUCAUGAUCUAUAGACUAUCUUAAGAUGAAAAGGAUUUAGCCUUAAAAUGGUUCUAAAGAUAAAACAGACUGAGGCUGUAUGUUAUUCUUGUUUUUCACCUGCAUCGAUUCUACCACAAAUAAUCCGAUUAUGGAUCCAUCUUAAGUGUGUUGAUUAUGUAAAAGCUAUAUAACGUUCUGAUACUUAAUGUUUUGGGUAUUAGAUUGUUCAGCUGUGUCACCUGAAUUCUGACCGGUCUAAAAGUAUUUCAAGGUCGCCCGUGAGUUGUGGUCUUACCUCAGAGGCUCUGGUCGUACAGACCAGCCAGUUUAUAUGUCAUGGCGUUCCUUGUUGGUUCCUUUUCAUCAUGCAAUGGUGAAAAAUUAUAGUAGGCCAAAUAAAUCAUCUUCCUUUUUUCGUUUCCUGUUGUGUUAAUAUAUUUUUUCUCUCACCUGACUUGUUCUCCCGGCCCUUCUGUAUAUAAUAUGACAAACUUCCCCAUUCGUUUGUUGACAAGCUUGUUUCCUACAUUUCCCUCGUUUCAAUUACGCAUUAUCGACGUCCUCCCUUUCAUGUCACCUUGGACAUUAGCCAAAGACUACUUGACAAACUAAGCAACUAUUGCAUCGUGAAAUUCUUCAGUCUUAAUUGUUCUUGGACAAAUCACAACGCCGUUUUAAUCCAGUCUAAACAUCCGCACAAUAUGUGUUAGUGAUUUAAUGUGACUAUUAUGAUAUGCAGAAGUGGAUCAUUCUCCAGAAGUGUGUCAAGUGAAUAUAAAGAGUAAAAGUUUACUGAUUGGAACUUUGAAAUUAGACGGACAACCGCUAAAGUUUAUAAUUCGUCGUAGGUUACAUCACGUUACCAUAUGGUGAGGAACCAAACAGCUUAUUUUCUGCAUGAGGAUUAAAAACAUUCAUCGAGUAAACAUCGUGCUAUCAAAUUAAUAUUCAUUGUGAAAGUCUGUGAGUUUACGUAGACUUCAGUGACACUGAAUGUACAGUACGUAUAGAGGAACCAAAUGUCCAUCAGUGUUGAAAAGUGCCUAAAUAGCUUCAGAUUUAUUAAGCACACCACCUACUGUGAUAAUGACAACCCAGUUUUUACAUAUUAUCGGUUCCCUCAUAUUUUCAGCUAUCGUUUCGUAUUUAAACUUCAUACAAUAAACCUUUGUUAAUCUUCACUGAAAAUGCCUUGUUGAGCACAUAUUUUCACACUUCGUUUUUGAGUUCUGCUUUGUUUACUCAUUACACUAUUGAGACCAUAAUUUCUUAAUUUCUAAUUCGAAAUAGUACAAAGACAACCAGAAAUCUUAUUGUGCAACUGGCUUUUAGAAUUUCAUUGAUACAUCUCAGAUACACCCAUAUCUGUAGCCCGAACACACAUUUCCGUAACGUAUUUGUAAGUUAGUAAUGGGCGCUGGAAAAUAACUAUAACAGUCCCUUGAUUUUAGGAUAAUGGGACAUCCUGAACUUUAUAUGGUCCGGUCGGAUUAAGUCUUAAAGAUGACAAGUCCGUCUCUGCGGAAGGCAAUAAGACCUUACAUCCUUUUGACCUUAAUAAACAGCUUUACUACUUUGCAUUUUACUUAGUUAACUCUCAUUAAUUAUUCCCCCUAUACUUUAAAUAUUUCUCAGAUCAUCUGAAAGUUACGAGUGUUCGGUCGCAUUACUUAAAGAUCAGCCACCGAAAUGGUCCCAAACAGCUUUUGGUUUGAUGCAUAAGUGAUGACAGCUUUAUCCAGCUUGCUCAAUGUCCAUUCCAAAUUAACAUGGUCAAAGUAUUACUGUACACUCAAAGAAAUCCAAACUGUCUCAUCCUUUAUUUCUCUACAUGGAUAUGUACACUGCCCGUCGUGCGGAAACCACUUAGAUAAUGUUCAGUUCUUAAGACAUAUCUCAGCACAUUUGCUGGUGAAUGAACUCGAACUUGGUUCAUUAAUGUCUUUCAAAUUCUGCACAGAGUGCCUGUCCGUGCCGGAUGGAAUCAGUAUGACCUUACACAAUUGGAUCCAUCGGCAUGUAGAACAACACACACCCCUCGCACUAAUGGAUGGUUGUUUUGUGUGUCCUAUUUGUGAGAGCAACUUUGUAUCACUUAUAAAAUUUGCUGUACAUUUAUACGAAAGACAUGUGUAUUUAGACUCGCCUUACGUGUGCACAAUAUGUUACGGAUUCAGAUCAUCUUUUUAUUGUGAAUUGAUAUCCCACUUCCAAGAUUGCCACCAUAAAACAAAUCACAUAUUCUGUCCGUAUUGUCUAAAACAUUUCGAAUUGUCUAUUUUGUGGAGUAUAAAUUUAGGACUACAUAUAUUCGAUGCACAGGCGUUUUACACCCACGUCCAGCAACAUUGGGAGCAAACGACAUAUCGAUGUACCUCAUGUCGUCUCGAUUUUAUACAUAAAAAGGAUCUUCAGUGGCACGAGUAUUUACACCAUUCUGGUCAUCCUUUAUCAAGGCCUAGUUACCGAAGUAACGCUUGUGAACAUUCGUCUCAUCUAACCGAAGAUCAACUGUCUCUUUCCUAUUCAAAUCAACUAGUUGCACACACACCACGCACACGACUAAAGUGUUUAGAAUGUGGAGAGCAGGUGCGUCACCCUGUACAUAAACAUUUCAACAUGACACUGCGCUGUGCUAGAUGCAGAUACACUACAUCAUGUAUUGUCGCAGCUAAUUGGCACUGGAGUAAAGUUCAUUGUGCACCGCCCAUACAACAGUCAUCUGAUUCUAAUGAUACUCAACCGUGGCACAAGUACAUCAACACUAACGCACAGCACGAAGCAGUCCCACCCAGCACUGUCAACGCAUCCCUUUACGAUCCAUGUUGCUCAUCAACUACUCAUACAAAGCGGUGCAGAAACGAACACGUCCCUGCAGGGUUAUUUGUAAGAGGAUACUUAAGAUGUAACUGUGGCUUCCGUACGAUGGUCUACGACUUAAUGGCCCGUCACUUAGCAACGAAGGGAGACGCGCAUAAUUUCGCAAAGUUUGUAUACAGGCCUCGGCCGUCAUCGUUCUUAAUAGUCGCUCGUCCUGCGAGAGCGCUACGCACUUCCCUGUGGUGGCAAAAAAGAAUAGCACGGGCACCCCACUUUUUGAACUCUGUUGGACUAUCCCAAUAAAAAAUAUAGACGAACCUGGUGACUAUUUUUGCUGCAAAUUUUUUGGUUGUCUUGGUGUUGGCACUUGAAAUUGUUUUGUAAUGUUUGGUAUGCUCAGUGUACAUUAACAGUAUAUUUAGGUGCUGUUCGUGACUAUUUGGAUCAGUCAGUCUAAACACAAAUACUUGGAUAAAGUAGGCGCUCUUUGCAAGAUGAACCCCGGCUGCUGGUGAUUUAACGCAGCCAGAUCUGCCCAUUUUCUACGCAUGAAAUCUAACAUGCACUCGCACUUAAAUUGAGCAAUACCAAACGACAAAUAAUAAGGUAAAGUCAGCCCCGUGGCCACAUCUACAUACAUAGUGUCAAUACUACCCCAUCACGCAAACUGAUGUUGAUUAUCUGCUUAAGUAGCGUUACCUCUUAUAAAAAUUCCAUCACCACUGCACUGCUAUAAAUCAAAUCAUAAUCCGCCUUGUAUACCAUGCUAAUAAUCACGACCUUUUGUUUGACAUUUUCAUAGUGAUCACGAUAUAACAUUGCUCUUAAGUAAAUAAAUAGUUGUCAAGAUAUGCUUAUUUAAUGUAACACCUUUAAGGUUACAGAAGGGCAAUAGUAGGUCUUAUUUUC